AUGCAAUUUCAACUAAAAAGUGAGAUCGAGAUGAUCCCUUCAUCAGAUUCACAAGUUACACAAUAUUAUUCAGCAAAUGCCUAUUCUUCUCAAGUCUCCGGUGAGGAUGAUACAAAGCCAGAUGCUAGUACUAUUGAAGAAGCAGAAUCAUCUCUUCGCGAUAGUGAUUCUUUGAAUAAUGAGGAAGCAAGAGUAUUGCUAGGAAGAUAUGAAUAUCAAAAGGGGAACAUAGAAGCCGCUCUUCGUGUGUUUGAAGGGAUAGAUAUAGCUGCUGCUACUCCAAAGAUGAAAAUUAGCCUUAGUGAAAUAGGGAAACCUCAUAUAAGACGUUCGUAUAAUUAUGCUGCUCCACCAUUCUCUAUAAACACCGUCAGUUUACUCCUUGAAGCAGCUUAUUUGAAAGCAAAAUCAUUGCAGAACUUUGGGAGGUAUAAAGAAGCUGCUGACUCGUGCAAAGUUAUUCUAGACAUUAUCGAAUCAUCUUUUCCAGUAGGCUUUCCUGAACACCUUGGUGCCGAUCAUAAAUUGCACGAGACUCUAAGUAACACAAUCAAGUUGCUUCCAGAAUUAUGGCAACUUGCCGAUUUGCACCAGGAAGCAAUCUUGGCGUUCCGGAGAAUCCUACUCCAUCGAUGGAAUAUGGACAAAGAAACAAUGGCAGAUAUCCAAAAGGAGUUUGCCAUUUUUCUUCUCUACAGUGGAGGAGAAGAAGGUAAUCCUCCUAAUCUCCGGAUGCAAAUGGAAGGUUCGUUCAUACCCAGAAAUAACAUAGAAGAAGCUAUUCUACUUCUAAUGAUUCUGCUAAGAAAAGUUUCUUUAAAGAAAAUCAAGUGGGACCCGUCUAUUUUAGAUCAUCUUUCUUUUGCGUUAUCCAUUUCUGGUGGACUCAGGUCGUUGGGUAAACAACUGGAGGAAUUGCUUCCGGGGAUUAUUGACAACAAUGAAAGGUGCUUGCUUUUAGCUUUAUGUUAUUAUGGAGAAGGAGACAAUUUAUCCGCUUUGAAUUUGCUUAGAAAUAUAUAUGAAAACAACAACCCGAAUAUUGGGUUCGCUUUAUUACUGGCUUCAAAGAUUUAUGAGGAAAACUCGAAUUCUAAAGAAGGAAUAAGUACUGCAAAAAGAGCUAUUCAUGCAUUUAAAGAUAGAUGUGAUGAAAUGGUUGGUGUUGCAUAUUCUUCUUUAGGUGUUUCGCUUUCUGCCAAUUCUAGAUCAGCCGUGACUGAUUCUGAACGAGUUACGCAACAAUCUGAGGCACUCGAGUCAUUAGAAACAGCGGGGAGGUUAACGAGAAUGAAUGACUCUAGAAUUCUUUACCAUCUGAGUUUAGAAAACGCAGAGCAGAGGAAGUUGGAUGUUGCUCUUGGUUAUGCGAAGCGUUUGCUUGUUUUGGAAGGUGGGUCCCACCUCAACGGGUGGAUGCUAUUGGCUAGAAUCUUGUCUGCCCAGAAACAGUUCAGAGAUGGUGAGAUUAUUAUUAAUGCUGCUUUGGAUCAGUCUGGGAAAUGGGAUCAGGGUGAACUGCUGAGAACUAAAGCUAAGCUUCAACUUGCACAGAAACAAGUGAAGCAUGCCAUUCAGACAUACACUCAGCUUCUCGCAGUUCUUCAUGUUCAGCAUAAAAGUUUUGGAUUUCAGAAGAAGAAUCUCGAGGUUGGUGAGAUACAUCAUCGAAGUUUAGAAAUAGAAACGUGGAAUGAUCUUGCAACGAUAUAUAUAAGCUUAUCUCAGUGGCACGAUGCUGAGGCCUGUCUGUUAAAAUCCAAGGCUAUCAGUAACUACUCGGCUUCUACACGACAUACCAAUGGUUUGCUUUGCGAAGCAAAGGGUCUCCAUAAACAAGCUCUAAAAGCUAAUAAACACGCGUUAGACGUGGACCCUGGUCAUGUGCAGAGUCUCGUUUCUAUAGCCGUUGUCUUCAGGAAGCUUGGUGGACAGUCUGGAGCUGUGGCUCGAAGCUUCUUGAACGAAGCAUUACGUGUCAACAGGAUGAGCUCAUCGGCUUGGUAUAAUCUCGGCUUGAUUCUAAAAGACGAGGGCCCGAUGUUUCUAAGGGAAGCUGCUGACUGUUUUGAGGCUGCUACCGUACUAAAAGAAACAGAACCUAUCGAGCCUUUCAGAUAG